CCCAUCGCGCCCUGCGGCUCCCAUAGUGCCUUGCAGGCCUAGCAUGGCUGCUACUGUGCCUGUGCUGAGAGAGUGAAGCUGGAGGGGGGCGGAGGGACCGCUGCCUCUGCUGCCUUGCGUGCCCGCCAUGGGGCUGAAGCCAUGGCAGAAGGCCCUGUUCCCGCUGCGCUCGGUGGAGGACGUGGUGCGGCUAUUCAUGGCCGAGCUGCAGCAGGAGCAGCCCGACCUGGUGCUGCUGUCGCUGGUGCUGGGUUUUGUGGAGCAUUUCCUGGCUGUGAACCGCGUCAUACCCACCAACGUGCCGGGCAUCAGCUUCGAGCCACGCCCGGGACCGGAGCCCGACAGCCUCACCUACUUCCCUGUGGCUGAGCUGUCCAUCGUGGCUGCGCUGUACGCCCGCUUCACCGCCCAGAUCCGUGGCGCUGUUGACCUGUCCCUCUACCCCCGGCCCGAGGGCUUCUCCUCCCGCGAGCUGGUCAAGAAGGUGUCGGAUGUCAUCUGGAACAGCCUCAGCCGCUCCUACUUCAAAGACCGGGCCCACAUCCAGUCCCUCUUCAGCUUCAUCACAGGCACUAAGCUGGACAGCUCAGGGGUGGCCUUUGCUGUGGUGGGAGCCUGCCAGGUGCUGGGGCUGCCGGAUGUACACCUGGCGCUUUCUGAGGACCAUGCCUGGGUGGUGUUUGGUCGGGAUGGUGAGCAGACGGCUGAGGUGACCUGGCACGGCAAAGGCAAUGAGGACCGACGUGGGCAGACCGUGAAUGCCGGCGUGGCUGAGCGGAGCUGGCUGUACCUGAAGGGCUCGUACCUGCGCUGUGACCGGCACAUGGAGGUGGCCUUCAUGGUGUGCGCCAUCAACCCCUCCAUUGACCUGCACACUGACAGCCUGGAGCUGUUGCAGCUGCAGCAGCGGCUCCUGUGGGUUCUCUACGACAUGGGGCACCUGGAGAGGUACCCGAUGGCACUGGGCAACCUGGCUGACCUGGAGGAGCUGGAGCCGACACCAGGCAGACCAGACCCCCUCUCCAUCUACCAUAAGGGCAUCAGCUCAGCCAGGAAGUACUACAACAAUGAGCACAUCUACCCCUACAUGUACCUGGCUGGCUACCACUGUCGCAACAAGAAUGUCAAGGAGGCGCUGGAGGCCUGGGCUGACACAGCCACUGUCAUCCAGGACUAUAACUACUGCCGGGAGGAUGAGGAGAUCUAUAAGGAAUUCUUUGAUGUGGCCAACGACGUGGUUCCCAACCUGCUCAAGGAGGUGGCCAACCUGGCAGAGCCACUGGAGGAGAAAGGUGCUGGGGAGAGAGGAGAGGGGUCCCCGGUGCAGGCUGGGGGCUCGGCCUUGCAGGAUCCUGAGUGUUUCGCCCACCUGCUGCGCUUCUAUGAUGGCAUCUGCAAGUGGGAGGAGGGCAGCCCCACACCUGUGCUGCACGUGGGCUGGGCCACCUUCCUGGUGCAGUCGCUGGGACGCUUUGAUGGGCAGGUGCGCCAGAAGGUGACGAUCGUGGCGCGGGAGGCAGAGGCCAAUGAGGACGAUGAGCAGGGCAGCGAGGACCCCCGCGAGGGGCGCCGCCGCGGACCCCGCCGCGAGUCCAAGCCUGAGGAGCCCCCCUUCCCCCCCGCCCAAGAAGGCCUCCGAGCGCUGGCGCCCCAGCUCUAAUAUUACCCCCCACAAAGAGACAGGAGCUGUCAUGCCCUGAGCCCCCCUGAGCUCUGGGGUUCAGGGGUGAUGAGUUCUGUGUGUUCUCCACAUAUCCGGGAGAGCUGCAGGAAUUUGGUGGAGGUUCUCUCUACCUUGCACCUCUUCUUUUGAGGAGCUAUGGCUCUGUCCCCUCUGACACACACAGUAAGCUGUUUCUGGAUGAGGUCUCUCCAAAAUACAGACUGACCUGAGCCAGCCCGUGCCCUGCCCCGGGGCCAGGUUUUGCCCACACCCUCUAGAGGAGAAGGAAGCCACAUCCCAUUCUGUGCCCCCCAGUCAGCCAUGUGGGGGAGGGGAGCUCUUUCUCUUUAGGCUGGGGGUGGGUGGGUUAGCAGCUCUCUUUGAUCUUUCCGGAGUCCAGCUGCUGUGUCCUGAGCUUCCAAGGCAUCUUCCGGCCCUGCACAAAGCCCUGGGUAGAGCCACAACUGUUUAGCAUGGCGGAUGCGGGGCUUUGUACCUCUUCCUCCCUGGAGUUUGUAAUGUAAACUUCCUCCUCCCUGGUCAUG